AUGAGUCAGACAGAAUCCAGCAGGAUAAGUAUACCACACGAGGUGCAUUUGAAAAAGCCCGAUGUGGGCGCUGCUGCUCUGAAGAAUAAUGCACAAAAAGUCUCGACUUUGGGUGGUUUUAUCGCCGGUGGUGUUGCAGCUUGUGGAGCAGUCACUUUUACCAACCCUAUUGAGUUGAUCAAAAUAAGAAUGCAGCUUCAAGGUGAACUCUCAAAACUGUCUGGACAGCCCAAGCUCUAUAAGAACCCUUUCCAGGCUUUCAAGACUAUAUACAAACACGAAGGAUUGCGGGGGUUGCAACAAGGAUUGAUAUGUGGAUACCUUUACCAGCUUGGUUUGAAUGGAUGCAGAAUUGGAUUUUAUGAGCCUAGUCGGUACUACAUCACCAAGUUGUUUAUGCCUUCACAAGUUCACGACGGUCACGUGCCUCAAAACUUACUUGUGAAUGUGGUUGCUGGAUUUGUUUCUGGUUCUGCUGGUGCAGUCUUGGCGUCUCCAUUCUUCUUAGUGAAAACUAGAAUGCAAUCAUAUUCAAAAACAGGGGCCGUUGGACAGCAGACGUACUAUAGUGGUGCCUGGGAUGGGUUGUCACUGAUAUACAAAGCUGAGGGUUUCAAAGGACUAUACAGAGGUGUCGAUGCUGCAAUUUUGAGAACUGGUGCUGGAUCAGCAGCGCAAUUGCCUGUAUACAACUUGACUAAAAACUUUGUUUUGAAACACCACAUUGCUAAGGACAAUACUUUACUAUUACAUUUCAUAAGUGCGUCAAUGGCAGGUCUAGGGGUAGCAAUUGUGAUGAACCCAUGGGAUGUGGUAUUGACAAGAAUGUAUAACCAGAAAGGGAACUUGUACAAGGGCCCAUUGGAUUGUUUCAAAAAGACUAUUGCCAUUGAAGGACCAAUGGCUUUGUAUAAGGGAUUCUGGGCCCAAUUGUUUAGAGUGGGACCCCAUAGUAUUUUGACCUUGAUAUUCAUGGAACAUUGUAUGAAUGCAAUGGUGAAAAUUGAAGGGAGAUUAGGAUUGUCGCCUGUAUAA